AUGUCGCUCGCCGGUAAUCAGCCUGACGACGCCGGCACUGCAUCUCCAACCCGACCCAGUUCAGCCUGGACCAACAACUCUCUUUUCGCCGAUUCCGCUAUUAGUAUGAGGACCCGAUCGCCGGCUCCCCUCGAGAAAGAGUCGAGUUCUUUCCAACCUGACGAAACCCAUGACGAUUCCGCGAUUGCCGACCGCCUCAAUGGCUUGGUCUCUGAGAUUUGGGCCUGUGAACAGGAUGGAGCGAUUCGAGGCGAGAAGAGACGGAAGAUUAAGAGAGCCAUGGACGAGAUCGAGGCUGCAUUGGAGGAGGAAGCGCUAUCCAAUGAAGAGAGCGAUUCUGAGACGACGCACCGAAGUCAAUCCGUGUCCUCGCCUCUGCCACACACAUCGGUUGCCACAGACACCGAUCUUGAACUUAUCCGCACGCACCUGAUUUCCACUGUCGAAUCCAUGCGCAUGAGGCAGCAGGAACAGCGCCACCUGCAUCAAUUGACGGUCGAAAAGCUCGAGGCGAUCGCGCAGCGGUGUAUUCAACAAGAACGCCGCGUGCGAGAGUUCGCCGAAGAGAUUGUGACCCUCAGGAAGAAGAAUCAAUACCUGACCAAACAGAACGAGAACAUCAAUAUCCAACUGAGGGAGAUUCAAUCCGAAUCGGCCAAGAAGGAGACAGCGGUCAAAGCCAUGUCAAGUGCAGUGUCUGGUCUGGAAGGAUGGAUUAAUGGUUCUCCAACACCAGACCGUACUUUUCGUUCACGGAAAAUAGUUACCAGAGGCCGAGGCAGAUUUCGCGGACGGUACUAUGUGGAUGAGCCAGCUGAAGGGGGAGGCUAUCAUGGUCUUGAUGGUGCUCCCGACGCAAGGGCCUUACAGGAGGGUGUCACAGCGUGGCUUAGAGGGUUCCGCGAUGUGGAGGAGGAGUUGAGAUCCUCGCAGAGCACCGGCAAAUAUGCUCGUGCGAAGGGUUUUGAGACUGUUCGGGAGGACAGCGACAAUGAAUGGGGUGAAUUUGAGACAGCCACUGGAACAUGA